AUGUUAGCAGCAGCCAUGCGACGUUAUGGGAAUCGCACACGCGACUACUGGGAGGUCACGAACGAGCCCAAUCUUGCCAUGAACGGCGAUGGAUACAUUGACUAUUACAACUUUGCCAAGAUUGUGGCCGACACUGUCAAGGCCGAUCCGGUCACCCGCCACCUGGCGCUGGUGGGGCCUGCAUUGGCCUUUGGUGGUGCCUUGUCGGUGCCUUGGCUUGAAAAUAUCAUGAACAGUGGCAUCGUGGAACUCUUCGACUUUAUUACCGUCCACUUUUAUCGCCCAGGUGUCCCCGAGUCCGUCAAUGAUCUGGACGAGUCGUCACACUCGGUGGCCUUUGUUCGAACGCUCAUUGCCCAGCACGGCGGGCAGACCAAGCCUGUCUGCGACGUUCUCAGCGGCGAGUGGGGUUAUAGCACCGUCGAUGUGGAUGAAACCAUUCAAGCUUCUUACCUCGUGCGCCAAUGGCUGACGAUGCUCUCGGCCAAGGUUCAAUUGGCUAACUGGUAUGAUUGGGUGGACGACUGCGACGAUGCGACCAACAAGGAAUGCCGCUUUGGCGUCGUGCGAUCUAAUUUUUCACCCAAGCCUGCCUACCGCGCUGCCCAGAGUCUGUUGCAUCUCUUUGGCCAGGCAACGCUUGAUGCACCAGACUGGCCAUCAACUGGAGGCCGAGCCCUGUCAUUUGACAACAGCAGUCGCUUUGUGAUCUGGAACGUGGAUACCAAUUAUUCCAACACGUUUGGACAGCCCGUCACGAUUCAAGUGCCCACCCAGCACCCGCGAGCCUGCUACUCGGUCAUGCCGCUCAUCAAGUCCAACACAACGACACCGUUACCUCACGUCCCCAACCUCGUGGCCAAUCAGUCCUGCGCGGACAAAAGCGGUUGGUUGACUUACGCUGUGACGGGCGAGCCUGUGGCCAUGAUACUCGACUCGAAUCUGCCCGAGCCCGGGGGCAAGCGUGUCGUACCUGUGAAAUAA